AUGUGUACAAUUGGCGGAGAUCAACGGAUUUUCACCUUGUGUGGAACGAUGAGGUCCAUCGCAGACGAAUUCUGGCAGACGGGACGCAGGUUUCUGCCUCUCAACGUUGCGACUGCUAAGUCACAGGACCUUUCUCCUUGGUCACAGUGGUCUUGGAACGUGGCAUAUCUGGUGGCGUUUGGGCGGGAUGAUUUCGGGCGACGGGAAUGGAUACGGGAAGUUUGUCCGACGUUGGCGGUCUUGUAUCAAGGGCAUCUCUGGGUAUCCCUCACAGCUGCACUUGAUUGUCGUCUGUCUGUUUGCCAGCAGAUCGUACCAGGCCGAUGCUUUUCUCGGAUCAGAAUCUCGGACGACUGUCCUCCGGAAGGGAGGCUGAUAUUGCACGGGCGCCAUUGGGUCCGGCUCAGACGACGAAUUGGGAUCGUGGCUCUGGAGAGUUCGAGGCUUCUUGCCAGUCAUGGUCUUGCAGACAGCAUUUCCCAACGUGCCGCCUUGACUACGAAAUACUGGCUCCGUGGUGCUGGAUUGAGGAUGACGGCCCUCCAUGUUGGCAUUGGGCAGGUCACAGAAGCAAAUGCCUUGGCUGAAGUGCAGAGAUUGUCGCGGCAUCCGUGCAGACUGGGUAAGCGUCCAAAUGCGGCGCGGUUCUUGCGUGACGCUGGAGUCUGCAGUGAUUCGGUCCGCUAG